AUGAUCCACUCAAUCAAAUUCUUUCCAGAUGACCGUCAUAUUGAUCUCAGUAGCAGUAGCUACUCUAAUCGUCGUUAUUUACGCUAUUUAUUGUGCACUACGACAUGUAAUCGUAUUCGGAAACUUGGUGAUUUGGGACUCCUUCUUGGAGAUCCUGAGUUGAAAGGAGUGUAUCGCGAACGUCAAAUCACUCGACUCGCUAAACUUCGACGUAUUGGCGAACUGCCACCGGUCUAUCCUAACGGGUGGUAUUGUAUUGCCGAGUCAGAUGAGCUGAAACCAAAAGCCGUUAAGGAAAUUACGGUAUUUGGUAAGUGUCAAUUUUUGACGCUCAUAAGAUCCGAGAGUGGCCAAGUGCACCUAAUCGAUUCGUAUUGUCCGCAUUUAGGCGCUAAUUUUAACGUGGGCGGAAAGGUGGUUGACGACAACUGUGUGCAAUGUCCUUUUCACGGAUGGGUGUUCUCCGGAGAAACAGGCAAAUGUACACGAAUACCGUACGAUAACGGGACGAUUCCUGAACAAGCUAAAGUAGCUGUCUGGCCAGUCUUAGAAAGAAAUCAGCACAUCUAUGUAUGGUAUCAUUGCGACGGAAGUGAGCCUGAGUGGGAAAUACCGGAAAUCGAUGAGAUAACCAGUGGGGAGUGGACGUACGGUGGACGCACCGAACACGAAAUUAUGUGCCAUUGUCAGGAGAUUCCCGAAAAUGGCGCCGAUAUCGCACACCUCAAUUACUUGCACUUGACUGGACCAAACAGAGGAAGCAAUCUAUUCAAUAUUGAUCUCGAUAACACCAGUCCGCUGAUUCGACAUGUGUGGGACGGCAAAUGGGCUCCGCAAGGAGGUGAUGACACGCAUCUUGCAGUGAUGCAUCUCGACCAAUACAUGACUUUUGCUGGUUACAGACUGCCUUUAACAAGCAGUAAACUGAGAGCUGAACAGCUUGGUCCAGGAAUUGUGCACAUGCUGUUCGACUUUGGAGCUCUUGGCCGUGGAGUUGUGGUUCAACAUGUGACGCCACAGGAACCACUACAACAGCUUGUACGGUUUAAGCUGUACUCCACUAUUCCGCGAUGGUUCGCCAAAUUCUUUCUUAUCAGUGAAGCUACUCAGUUUGAGCGGGAUAUCUGGAUAUGGUCGAACAAGAAGUACAUCAAGAACCCGCUUGUCGUCCGUAAUGAUGGACCAAUUCAAAAACACAGGAGGUGGUACUCACAGUUCUACAAAGAGAACAGUCCACGAUUGCUGCCCAAUGGAGAUAUUUCGAAUCGACCGAAAUCAAUAUAUGAUUGGUAA